UAAAAGCGCUCGGUGUUUUGAUUGGUGGAACAUUCUUGAGGUCGAAAUUUCACUUCCGUGUCACGCAGCUAACAUGGCGGAUAAAGACAAAAAGAAAAAGGAGAGCAUCUUCGACUUGUCCAAAUACAUCGAUAAGCCGAUUCGUGUAAAGUUUCAAGGAGGACGAGAAGCCAGCGGUGUCCUUAAAGGAUUUGACCCUCUGCUGAACCUGGUGCUGGACGGCACUAUUGAAUACAUGCGCGAUCCAGAUGACCAGCUGAAGCUGACAGAAGACACCAGGCAGCUGGGGCUGGUGGUCUGCAGAGGAACCUCCGUAGUGCUGAUCUGUCCUCAGGAUGGCAUGGAAGCCAUACCAAACCCGUUCAUACAGCAGCAGGACGGCUAACACACAAGCUCUCCCCUGCUCACUUACACGUACAUGUACACGCUUGAAUAUUUAGUUGUUUCUUUCCCUUAGUUUUUAUUUCGUUUUAACAAUAACGGUAAUCAUUAAUGGAGCCAAGCCGAUUUAGUUAAGCAGCAAAAAAACGUUUGAAUGCACUUCACUUUUAUUUCAGUCUGAUGUGCAAAUUUGUAAAGAUUUGUGUUGUAAAGAGCCCAUAAAUGUGGGAUGUGUAAACAGUACCAUUUUCUUUUUAUCCAGAAUAAGUGAACUUUUUACUAUUCUUUGUUGUUUUGAUAAGAAAAUAAAGUGAAAAUGUAAUUAUGCC